GCAUCCCGAUCUCGAUCUGGACCGUUGGAAACCCAACGGCUAUCCCCACCUCACCCCUCGACAAAAAGUCGCACCUCUCCUUACCCCUCAUCACAUCUCUCACAGUAAAGCACUCAUGCAGAGUUAAAGCGGGAAAUGGCUCCAGUAUACCCAGAUUCAAAUCUCACGACAUUAACCUUAAACCCAAGCCCCAAUUCAACUCCAUCCCCGGACACCGACAGGGGAAGCCAACGGGACUGCAGCGACAAGCCAUCAAAACCCCGCCCCGUAACCUCAUGUGCUGCCUGUCGCAUGCGAAAAGUUAAGUGCAACCGCGCUUCCCCAUGCAGCGCAUGCAUAGCACGCAAAACUGAGUCAGAAUGCACAUAUGCCACGACAAUGGAAGACCGCGAAGCAAUCGCGCAAGCAGACUUAAUUGCAGAGCUUCGAGGGACUCGAAAUAAACUACAGAGCCAGUUAGCGAAGACAGGGGCUGGCGCCGCUGGGUUCGGGUCUGCUACGUCUACUGCGAGUACAUCCAGUGGGAUGUACAUUCGGGAUCAGGAGGAAGAAGAGGCGCUGGAGGCUGUGUAUGCGGCUUUAAGGGGUGGAUCGUUGGAUCUGGUAAGAGAGGUUGUGGGGAGGAUACGCGCUGGCGAAGGGGUGAGGGAUGUGCUUGGGUGGUUAGAGGGAGGUGUUGGUGUUGGUGUCGGUGUCGCCGGUAUUGCUGUUAGUGUUGAGAGGGAUUAA